AAUAUGGCAAUUAAAAUUAAUACAGAGCUUCCAGGUGUUCCAUUACCAGUGGCUCUUUUAAUAAUAAUUAUUUUAUCGUUAUGUUAUGCAAAUAGUUAUAAUGGUGUAUUUGUAUUUGAUGAUGCAGAAGCUAUAGUCAAUAAUGAUGAUGCUCAAAAAACUCCUAUUUGGAAAAUAUUUAAAAAUGAUUUUUGGGGUACUAAAUUAUCUCACAAGGGUAGUCAUAAAUCUUAUCGUCCUCUUACAGUCUUAACAUUCCGAAUACAAUAUUGGAUCAGAGGUCAUUUAAAUUCUCAAGAUUUUCACAUUGCAAAUAUUAUUUUGCAUAUAAUUGUUUCCUUAUUAACUUACUAUGUGUUCAAUAUUCUUUUAAGUAACAAAGAACAAAAUCUAGCUUUUUAUGGGACAGUAUUAUUCACGAUACAUCCAGUACAUACAGAAGCUAUUUCAGGAAUUGUAGGUAGAGCAGAAUUACUAUGUUUGUUAUUUAUGUGGCUAUCACUUAUAAUGUACAAUCAGUGCAUUAUCGCUAAACAUUUUAUUUCUAAGUUGUGUAAUAUAACUGGUUGCAUCACAAGUAUUUUGAUAGCAAUGCUUUGUAAAGAAACUGGUAUUACUGCGAUUGGAAUUUGUAUUGUAUAUGAUCUAGUCAUUAUAAAUGAAUUUUUACCAAACGAUAUAUUGAAGUUAUUAACAAGUAAAGAUUCUCAUAUAAGCUCAACGAUCAUUGCCAAAUUAAAUCGUUCAUUUUUUAUUAGAAUGUUUGUACUUUGUUUAAGCGCAAUAAUGUUGUUAUCUCUGAGAUUUACUAUUAUGGAGUUUUCAACGCCAAAAUUUCAACCCGUAGACAAUCCUGCAUCAUUUGUGGAUAAUUGUUUCCUUCGCUUUAUCAAUUAUAGUUAUAUUUACAGCAUAAAUAUGUGGUUAUUAAUUUGUCCAGUGUGGCUGUGUUUCGAUUGGUCAAUGGGUUGCAUACCUUUGAUUACUGGAUACGAUAAAAGGAUAUUUUUCAUUAUACUUUUUUGGAUGUUCAUAGGUACAAUAAUUGUCCACAUUUUUUCAGCACAUAAAGAUAGAUUUUUAAGAUGUACAAUUAUAGGAUUAGCACUUUUAGUUGUACCUUUCUUACCUGCUAGCAAUAUCUUUUUUACUGUUGGAUUUGUACUAGCGGAAAGAACUUUAUAUAUUCCUUCAGCAGGAUAUUGUCUCUUAGUAGUUAUCGGAUUGCAAAAGCUUUUAAAGGGUACAUCUCUAAGAAAUUUAUUAAUAUUGUUUUACACAUUCUUGUGUGUUACUUUUUUUAUACGUUCAUGGAAUAGAAGCGAUCAAUGGAGAUCCGAAGAAUCACUUUUCAGAUCUGCAUUGGACGUUUGUCCACUCAAUGCUAAAGUUCAUUAUAAUAUUGCUAAAAAUGCGGCAGAUGCAGGAAAUCUUAAUUUAGCUAAAUUGGAAUACGAAGAAGCCUUACGUUUAAAUCCAAAAUAUCCUCAAGCAAUGAAUAAUCUUGCCAAUUUACUUAAAGAUGAAGGAAAAUAUGAUAUUGCUGAAAAUCUAUUCAAACAAGCUGUUACAUUGCAAAAAGAUUUUGCCACAGCAUGGAUGAAUUAUGGCAUAGUUUUAUCUGCACUUAAAAGAUACGAAGAAUCAGAAAGAAGUUAUUUGACUGCCCUAUCUCAGAAACCCAAGUAUCCUGAUUGUUAUUACAAUUUAGGUGUUUUGUAUUUAGAACAAAAACAUUAUCACAAAGCAUUAAUGGCUUGGACAAAUGCGACUAAAUUAAAAGUAACUCAUAGAAGAGCAUGGACAAAUAUGGUAAUAUUGUUGGAUGAUCUAGGUAUGUCAGAAGAAGCAUUGAAAAUUGCAAACGAAGCUUUACAACAUAUUCCUGAUCAUGCAUCAAUAUAUUUUAAUAUUGCUAAUAUAUUAGGUAAAUUAGGUAGAUUUUUAGAAGCGGAGACAUAUUUUAAACAAGCAAUAUCGAGAAAUCCAAUAGAUUCUAUGUUUUAUACAAAUUUAGGUGUAUUAUAUCACCGUUGGAAUAAAGUUAAUGAAGCAGAAUAUAUGUAUAAAAAAGCAUUAGAAUUUAAUCCACAUUCACAGAGUGCAAAAGAAAAUUUGAAAAAAUUGCAAUCAUUGAAACGAUCAAUGAAAUAAUUAUAUUUUUGUACAUUUUUUACACAUUAUUUUCAAUAUAUUAAUGUUUCCUAAGAAAUGAUUAGAAUUAUAUGGAUUUCU